AUGACUGAUAAGGUGAUCCAAUUGAUCAUUGGAUGUGAUACUGCUGCAGAAGUUUCGAAGAUGCUCAAUGAUCUCUAUCUGAAUGAAUCUGAUUUUUCCCAGAUCUAUGAAUUGUUAUGCAAGGCAACAAGGAUGAAGCAGGAUGGGAAAGCAGUUUCAGUGUUCUACACCCAGCUGAAAAAUAUUUGGGCCGAGAUUGAUCAACGGCGACCAAAUAAAUUGAAGAAUGCUAAGGAUAUUACUUGGUCUGUAUGUCAACAUUGCAAACUGACUGGACACACUAAGGAGACUUGUUAUAAGUUGAUUGGGUACCCUGCUGGAUACUUCAGCAAACCCAAACCAACUGAACCUGGAGGUAGAGGAAAGGCAGCUGUUCAUCUUGUUCAGAGUUCAGAGUACUUUGGAGUCGCUGGGCAAGAUCAUACCACAGGCAGUGAUGGCCCUCCCUCAGUCUCAAUGGUUGCUAGAGGUACUGGUAUGAUUGGAUCUUCUGACCAGGGAAGUCAUUGGCAAGGGGUAUAUGAGGGGGAGACUGUUUCAUCUGGAUCAAUCUUAUGCCGGGGAGAGACCAAGGAAGAAUGUCCCAGUUGCUUUGAAUUUGACUUCUAGAGAGCUUAAUGAAGUUUGGUUAUGGCAUAGACGCUUAGGGCAUCCUUCAUUCAGUGUAAUGCGUAAAGCUAU